GCAGGGGUGGGGUGCGUGGAUGUACAGGAACAUGCCGACAGGAGAGCGUGCGGACGAGCGAUGACAGCCAUGCUGAGCCCAAAGAUCAGACAGACCAGGAGAGCCAGGUCAAAGAGCAUGGUGAUGAGCGAGGUGUCGCGAGGAUCGUGCCGCCCAGCCUCCCCGAGCCUCCACGAGGGGGCUCUGAAGGCGGGGUGGCUGAAGAAGCAGCGCAGCAUCAUGAAGAACUGGCAGCUGCGCUGGUUCGUGCUGCGCUCGGACCAGCUCUACUUCUACAAAGACGAGGAAGAAACCAAACCGCAGGGCUGUAUACCACUGCAGGGAUGCCUGGUCAAUGAACUCACAGCUAAUCCAGACGAACCAGGAAGGCACCUGUUUGAGAUCGUACCAGGCGGAACAGGAGAGAAGGAUCGGGCACCCAUCAGCCAUGAAUCCUUCCUGCUCAUGGCAAACUCCCAGAGCGAUAUGGACGACUGGGUCAAGGCCAUACGGCGGGUCAUCUGGGCACCAUUUGGAGGAGGGAUAUUUGGCCAGCAUCUAGAGGACACAGUGCAGUACGAGAAGAAGUUUGGCCCCCGCCUUGCACCCCUGCUGGUUGAGCAGUGUGUGGACUUUAUCAGAGAGAGGGGUCUGGAUGAGGAAGGUCUCUUUCGAAUGCCAGGACAGGCCAACCUGGUCAGGGAGCUGCAGGAGGCCUUCGACUGUGGGGACAAGCCCCUGUUUGACAGUAACACAGACGUCCACACAGUGGCAUCCUUGCUGAAGUUGUACCUGCGAGAGCUGCCUGAACCAGUUAUCCCCUUCUCCAAAUAUGAAGACUUUCUAACCUGUGCGCAGCUUUUGGCCAAAGAUGAGGAGGAGGGAGUCCAGGAGCUUGGAAAGCAAGUUAGCACUCUACCUCUACCGAACUACAACCUCCUCAAGUACAUAUGCAAAUUCCUUGAUGAGGUCCAGUCCCACUGUAAUGAGAACAAGAUGAGUGUCCAGAACCUUGCCACAGUAUUUGGACCUAACAUCCUUAGACCGAAGAUGGAGGACCCAGUCACUAUCAUGGAAGGAACUUCUCUUGUCCAGCACCUGAUGACAGUCCUCAUCAGGGAACACAACCGUUUGUACUCAGGGAGGGAACAGGAGGGGCCAGCUCUACCCCAAACUGAGAUCCCCAUCCAAGGGCAUCAUCUCCAACACCGCAGCCUGGGAGCCUGGAUCUCUGAAGAGGACCUUCAGAGUUGCCCCGUCUCCAACCCAGACCAAGAUCUGCACAGCAGUGCCUCAUCCCUGGACGCCAAGCUGUGCGCAGCCGUCAGUCCCACUCAGACCCCUAACCCAAACCCUGGACCAAAACUUGGGUCUUCAUCGGGAAAGGGUGAGACGGUAAUCAGUCCGAGUAAACAAGCCAAGACCAUGCCUUCCUGGAAAUAUUCCUUCAAAAGCUCUUCAGCGCCUCGUUCCCAGCCGCAAGCUAAGCAAACCAGCAGCAGUGGCUCCGCAGCAGAUACAACCAGUCUGUCUUCUGGUGGUGGAGGAGGUGGAAGCGGGGGCAACUGGCUUAUGAACGGUUUGUCCUCCUUGAGGGGACACCGGCGCACAUCUUCAGGGGAACGGUCCACCCGUGACCGUGACUCCACCGGCUCGUCCCAGAGGCUGUCCACGUAUGACAACGUGACCUCCUCCUCUAGCAUGGGGAGCGUUCCAAGUGUAUCCAGCACACCGUGGUCCACGUCCUCCUGUGAAAUAUCUGUCCCGGACUCAGCAAGCGAGCCCCCGGUGCACCAGAACUGUGGAGGUGUGGUGGAAGAUGGAGAAAGCCACAGAGAGAUUAACAAAGAAAGGGAUGGAGGGAUGACGACAGACGCGAGCUCCGAGCAGGACAGUUGCGAGGCCAUGGAGCUGUGCAGCAGCAGCGCAGCCUGCAGUGAAAAUGGAAACGUGGCCACGGCAGCCGGGGUGCCGUCCAUUAUCAUGUCCGAAGAUGGAGAUGGGGAAAAACUAACACUGAGCAGCCUGGUAGAGGGACUGAAAGACGAGCUGAGAAAACAGAAGACUACAUAUGAGGCCAGGAUCCAAAAAUUGGAAGAGUCUAGUGCUGCUCUGUGUGCCCAGAUGGAGCGUUUGGAACAGGAGAUGGAGCAGGAGAGGAAGAAGCAGCGCAUGCUGGAGAUAAAACUCAGAAACUCUGAGCGGGCACGGGAGGAUGCGGAGAAUCGCAACCGCCUCUUGGAAAAGGAAAUGGAGGAUUUUUUUGCCACGCUGGGCGAUCUGGCCCUUGGUGCAAGGACUAGUGACCUUUGAUACACGGCCUCUCAUCUGUCUUGGGGUGGGGGUGGGGCAUUUUGUGGUAUGAGUCCUAACUCAAAAUAAGACUGAAAAUAGAAAAUAAAGAAAACCUACUUGUGCACAUGCGUAGAGAUCAGAUAGAAAAUUCUGAAGGAAAUAAACUUUGACUGUUUUCUUUCUGAGGAUCAUCUCUACUAAACAGCAAGUGGUCUUGAUUUUGUUACGCAUGCUUCAAACUCAUUUUAAAAAGAUGGCCCUCCUGUGAUUACUGCAGAGGUUUGUCUUACAAAUUGAGUUCAGGUGCCUGGAUAUAAAUGGUGGAACAUAAUGUAACAAUUUAUGAAGUGGAUAGCACUGACUUCUUUAACCACUACUUUAAAAGGACAAUAACUGAAUGGAUUUUGUGUUAAAAGUGUGCAACUUAAGACAGUGGACUGCUGUCUAUCUGUAUGGGAUCUUAAAGCAAUAGCUUCACAUUUUGGGAAAUACACUUAUUUGCUGUCUUGCAGAGUUAGAUGAGAAGUGUGAAACCAAUCUCAUGCCUGUAUGUCAAAGAAGGUGCUAAAGCUAAUAGCCAUUGAGCCUAGCUUAGGGGCACAAACACGAGGCUCUAGAACCAUUGGUAAAGAGCCAUUUUUUAAGAAGUUUUUUUUUUUAAGCUAUUAGGCUAUUGAUUAUAAAAUGCAAAAGCCUACUGGGCUUAUGAACACAGCUUCAUAGUGAUUGUUUCAAAGUAGGCGUAAACAUGUUAAUAGGUAGCUAAGACAUAAAUAGCUAAUACCUUAGAGAUAUUUUCUUACACUUCACAGUUAUUCUGCUUUGUUGAUGAUUUUAAAAAAGGGAAAGUAAUUAGUUUUUGUUAGAUCAAAAUAUCAUUUUAGUAAUAAAAACUUAAAACCAACAAAGAAUCAUUAAUAGACAAAAGCUG